CUGUAAUGUUGUGGGUUUACUCUGUCAAACCUAAACUGACUCAGUUAGAGACAUGGACGCUGUGUUUUAGCGGAAACCACAUUAACUCUAGUUUAUUCUGUCUGGAGAGCGACUAUAUUUAAUAAGUGAAUGUUCCCAUUGACAGCUGGCUGAGCAUUAAGGGAUUUAAUAACAUGGACGCUUUGAAACUUGACGCAACGUAACUCUCCGCCUGCCAACAGCUGACUUCCUGAGAUAACCUUAGAUUCUACAAGCCGCACAAUAACGGAAGUACAUCCCUUCAAAAUAAAAGUAACCAGCAUGGGCAUCAAAGUAGCUGUGAGCUGCACUGUGUUGUUCAUCUUACUGGACGUGGUCGUCACUACCGUCUUAUACACACAUGGCUCAGACCUCAGCACGUUUAAAACAGAGGCCCUGAACUUUAACAUCCUCCAGUCAUCAUUGGACCUGUGGCUGACUGUGUUACUGAGGGCCUCCCUCCUCCUGGGAGCCUCCAUCGGGGUGUCAUGGAACAGAGAGGACGGGCCCCCGAGGGUCUCUAAUGCCAUUAUGCUCAUUGUCCUCAUCUGCUUGAGCAUCAUCACCUACGCCCUGACCAAGCUGCUCAUUCUGACCGAGCUGGGGCCCCUGGCAGACAAACCGUGGCUCCUGAGCCUGAUAUUCUGGACGUGUGCCUCCUCUUUUGGGGUCAUGCUGCUCUGGAUGCUGCUGGGAAAGGAGUCCAACUCGGUGAGCACCCACAACAGCAGCAGUAGUGGAAGAGGCUCUGAGGACACUGAGAAGCUGGUGGGGACAUCAAGUGAGGAGGAGCAGGAGGUGGGGAGCGAGAGGAAGAAGAAGAAGAAGAAGGAGGAGGAGGAGGAGGAAAACGAGAAGAAGACCAGCUCUGGGGCCACACUGGGACGCCUGCUGUCCUACUGCAGGAAGGACGGAGGGCUGCUGUCUGUAGCCGUCCUCUUUCUCAUCAUCUCUGCUGUGUGCUCAGCCAUCAUACCAUACUACUAUGGGAAAGCCAUAGACAGCAUCAUGGUUCACCACAGCAUGGAGUACUUUGCUAAACCUGUGAUGAUCCUGGCCCUGCUCUCCUUAGCCAGCUCCUUUGCGAUGGGAAUACGCGGAGGAGUCUUCACCCUGGUGUUUGCAAAAUUAAACCUUCGGCUCAGGAACCAUCUCUUCAGAACUCUGAUGAAGCAGGAAAUGGGAUUUUUUGAUGAAAACCAUACAGGUGACAUCAUUUCACGUCUGUCAGCCGACACCACCCAGGUGAGUGACCUCGUCUCCCAGAACAUCAACAUCUUCCUGCGGAGCAUCAUCAAGGCCAUCGGCUUCUACAUCGUCAUGAUCGGGAUGUGCUGGAAGCUCACACUGGUGACCACCAUGGGCUUCCCUUUCAUCGGCGUGGUCUCUAAAGUCUAUGGCGAUUACUACAAGAAAUUGACCAAAGAGGUGCAAACAACCCUUGCAGAAGCCAAUAAAGUUGCAGAGGAAACCAUCUCCUCCAUGAGAACCGUACGGAGCUUCGCCAAUGAGAGCGGGGAGGCCGAGGCCUACUACGCCAAGCUGUUGGCCAUGUUUCAGCUCAACAAGAAACAAGCCCUGGCCUACGCUGGUUACAUGUGGUGCAGUUGUAUCUCAGAGCUUGCUUUGGAGGUUGCCGUCCUCUACUAUGGUUGCCACCUUGUAGUGACCAAUCAGAUGACUGGUGGCGCCCUGAUAGCUUUUUUCAUUUAUGUGCUGGAACUGGGAGAUUGUCUUGAGAGUAUUGCAUCAGUGUACACAGGCCUGAUGCAGGGGGUUGGAGCUGCUGAGAAAGUUUUCGAGUACCUGGACAGGGAACCCAAACACCCAGCUGAUGGCACAGACGCUCCAGACACUUGCACUGGUGUGGUUGAAUUUAAAGACAUCACAUUUGCCUACCCAACACGCCCGGAGACUAAUAUUCUUAAGGGAGUAUCAUUCACUCUGCGGCCUGGGGAGGUGACCGCCCUUGUUGGACCUUCAGGCAGUGGAAAGAGCUCCUGUGUGAGUCUACUGGAAAACUUCUACCUUCCUCAGCAAGGCCAGGUGCUGCUGGAUGGAAGGCCUGUUCACACCCUCAAGCAUGACUACCUCCACUCCAAGGUCGGUCUUGUGAGCCAAGAGCCUGUGCUGUUUGCACGGACGGUGAAGGAGAACAUCACCUACGGGCUGACUGGCGUCCCCAUGGAGGCUGUGGUGCAGGCUGCCACCAAGGCUAACGCUCAUGACUUCAUCACCUCCCUCCCCACAGGCUACGAGAGCAGCGUUGGAGAGAAAGGCACCCAGUUGUCAGGGGGGCAGAAACAAAGGGUGGCCAUUGCAAGAGCUCUCAUCCGCAACCCUCACGUUCUCAUCCUGGACGAGGCGACCAGCGCCCUCGACGCAGAGAGCGAACACCUCGUUCAGAAGGCUCUCAAUGACAUCAUGCAUGAGCACACAGUGCUGGUGAUCGCUCAUCGGCUCAGCACCGUGGAAAAGGCCGACAACAUCAUUGUUAUCGACAAGGGCCUCGUGGUCGAACAGGGCUCGCACAGCCAGCUGAUGGCCAGUGAGGGGCUCUACUACAAGCUGGUGCAGAGGCAGGUCCUCGGCAUCGAGACGGGGGCAGAGGUCCUCAACCCACCGGAGAAACUCGACUGGAAGGAUUGUGUAAGACAGCGGAGAAGUCUGAGCAACAGCAGCAGCGUCAGUGACACUGAGCCCAGUCUGCGCUACUGAGAGUGAACUGCAGUGUUGGGAUGAAAUGGGAAAUCAGACUGCUGGAUGUUUUUGAAGGUUAAUAGCAUUCUUGAAACUUCUGGGUUUGAAACCAAGUAGGCCAUUACACCUGUUUCGUGCAAUAUUCCACAGCAGCUAAGUUUAAAGGGAUAGGUUGGUUUUUUGAAGUGGGGUUGUUUGAUGCACUUCUCCAUAGUCGGUGUACCUUCAGUGCAAAAAAGGUGUCUAAAAACAAGAUAAAAACACUAAAUCUGAGGGAUCGAUCUUGCUGCAUGGACAGAUAAUUUCACUUGACAAGAUUUCUUAAAUUAAGAUUGUUAAAUCUAGAAAUUAGCAUGUUGAACGCUUAAAAUAAGAAAUUAACUCUUGAAACAAGAUAAAUUAAAGCUGGCCCGAGCAGAGUGCACUGACAAUUAUUAGAUAAGUAGUUAGCUUAGCAAGCUACUUAGCCAAGAAGUUAGCUAAGUAGUUAGCUUAGCAAGCUACUUAGCCAAGAAGUUAGCUAAGUAGUUAGCUUAGCAAGCUACUUAGCUAAAAAAUGGAUAUGGGUUAUUUUUGACCCAUGUUGUGCAUCUAGAAAUAAGCAUGUUGAACACUUGAAAUAAGAAAUGAACUCUUAAAACGAGAUAUAUUAUCUAACACUUCUAAAUCUAAAGUUUUUUUUUAUCUUGGUAAGAAACAAUAAUUGUCAGGUCACUCUGCUCGGGCCAGUUCAUCACUGCUUGCAGCUUUAAUUUAUC